AUUAAGUGUCCUUUCAGUGCAUGUCGAUAGCUCAGCUUUCAGCAUCGUCCAAGGAUUGAAUUUCUCGUACAAUUUAUCGUGAACAUUCAGAGUUAUAAGACAUGAGCUCGGAUGCUCGAGGGCCCGGACGAGAAGGAUGAUUGACCUUAACCGCCAUUCACGGACUACCGUUAUUGAGGUAGAUGUUCUUGUUAUUGGAGCUGGCCCCGUUGGCCUGGCAUCUGCUCUCCUUGCUCACAAGGUUGGCUUGGCUUGCGUAAUAGUCGACAAGUCUGAUGGCCCUCUCAAAUUGGGUCGAGCGGAUGCUAUGAAUGCUCGGACUUUGCAACUACUUGAACUGCUUGGUUAUAGCAUAUUCGAGGAAUUGCACGCCAAGGGUCUCCACUGUAGCACGAGCUCCACGUGGAAGAAUGGCGAAUUUACUUCUAGGCAGAAUGCAUGGUGGAAAGCGCUUCGAGGGUCUGAGCACAAACACUUUCUCAUGCUUGGUCAACCUUACCUCGAGGAAAUUCUUGACAGGAAUCUCACAGCAGUUGGGAGACCCGUUGAGCGUGGCGUCACCGUGCUUGAAGUGGGGCUUGAUGACGGUCCAAGCGCUCGACUAACAUGGGCCAAACUUCUGUCAAAAACAGGAAUAGAGUCCUUGGUACGAGCAAAGUAUCUCAUCGGAGCAGAUGGAUCCCAUUCCCUGGUUCGCAAGUCUUUCCCUGAGCAUUUUAUCUUCGAGCCUAUCGGUGAUGACACCGAGAUGACGUGGGCCGUUCUCGAUGGCGAAGUCGAUACAACGUUCCCUCGUGAAUCAGAAAUUAUCAACUUCCAAGUGGAUACAAGCGACGUAGCGAGAAUACCUCGCGAGGGCAAGAUUGAUAGGUACUAUGUGCGAAUGGAUCGCAAGGUGUUUGAAGUCGAGGAGGCAAUCGAGAAGAUCCGGAGAGCCGUGGCGCCUCAUCCUUUCAAGUUCGUGGAUCUGGAGUGGAACAGUCAGUUCACUGUUCGCGAGCGCCUAGCGUCGAAGUUCUCGAUCCGCCAAAGGGUCUUUCUCGCUGGCGAUGCAUGUCACGUCCAUUCUGUUAAUGGUGGUCAGGGACUUAAUACUGGUCUUUCCGACGCGUUCAAUCUCAUAUGGAAAAUCAAUUUGCAUGCGAAGCGUGCCGGUUCCGAAAAUGUUCUCAAGUCUUACGAGAAUGAACGCCGACCCGUUGCCAAAACUGUGAUUGAGACCGCCGGAGCUCUCGUGAGGGCCACCAAAUAUUCGCAACAGAGACAGCUGGUUAUUGGGGCCCAACGUGAUGUCACACCCGACGAAGAACAGCUGCCGGGCCAGUCAUGGGAUCAUUCAAACUACUACGUUGGACUUGUCAAACUAAAUUCGAGAUUCAUCACAGGGAUGGGGAUUUCCUAUGCAGACCAGACCGCUGCCCUGGCAUCCAGCGCAUUCAUCUCGCCAGAGUAUGGUGCCCCUCUGGUUGGCUACCGCGGAUUCGACUUCCACCUUACGCCACUCACUGUUGACAGCAAGCCAACGAGAUUGUAUACUGAAUUAGAUUACGACGGGAGAUUUGAUAUCCUUGUGUUCUUCCCUUCAUCCGAAAUUGUUGGCGCGACGCGCAUUAUUUCAUCCCUGAUGGAGGUGAUUCCGGGACCGCUCAAGCCCAUAGUGAGGAUACGCAUCAUACAUUCCUCAUCACCUUCCAUCCCUCAACGCCCAUUCGAUACCGCCGCCACCGGGGCAGAUUCAUUGCCAAUCGUCCAUUAUGUCGAUACGCCAAUACCUGACUCCAAGAUAGGCGCAGUGUCCGGACGGGCGCUUUAUGCUGACGCGAUGGGGCUAGACGAGAUAGGUGCCGAAGGUAAAGAGGGGUUGGUCGUCAUUCUUCGGCCUGAUUCGUAUGUUGGGUUUGCCGAGGCUGUGGGCACAACCGCGUGGUCGUUUGAGGGGGUAAGCGGGUAUUUUGCCGGGCUAUAAAGCGGGGUUCCGGACAAAAGGCUUGAGCACUGUGAACGGGCCUGGAAUCUUUGACGGUCAUUGCAACGUAAAUAUUUUGGUAAUUUAAUCAAUUUAAUUAGACGCUGCGCCAGAUCACGAGGAUGGCCGUAAUAGGCCUCUAUAC